UGUAUUCUGGCUGCGCGGUGGCGGCAGCGUCGGCGGCUCCGGGGGAGGGGGGGAAGAUGGCGGCGUCCUCGCUGGAGCAGAAACUGUCCCGCUUGGAGGCCAAGCUGAAGCAGGAGAACAGGGAGGCCCGGAGGCGCAUCGACCUCAACUUGGAGAUCAGUCCGGCCCGGACUCGGCCUAUUAUUGUGAUCACUCUAAGCCCUGCUCCCGCUCCAUCCCAACGUGCAGCAUUGCAGCUUCCUUUAGCCAACGAUGGAAGCAGCCGUUCCACCUCUUUGGACAGCUCGCCCCAGCAUCAUCACACUCAUCCGUCACGCCCCCGAAACUUUCUGGGCCUGCCUCCUCAGCCCCCCUUCCACAUGAACAAGAGCAUGGAGAGUAUAGAGAUUGAUCAGAAACUGCAGGAAAUUAUGAAGCAAACGGGUUACUUGACCAUCGGAGGGCAGAGAUACCAAGCAGAAAUCAAUGACCUAGAAAAUCUGGGUGAGAUUGGAAGUGGGACGUGUGGACAGGUGUGGAAAAUGCGUUUCAAGAAGACUGGACACAUCAUAGCUGUGAAGCAAAUGCGUCGUUCUGGUAACAAAGAGGAGAACAAGAGGAUUCUGAUGGACCUGGAUGUAGUGCUGAAGAGUCAUGACUGUCCUUACAUUGUUCAGUGCUUUGGAACUUUCAUCACAAAUACUGAUGUUUUUAUAGCCAUGGAGCUAAUGGGCACAUGUGCAGAGAAGCUGAAAAAACGAAUCCAAGGGCCUAUCCCGGAGAGGAUCUUGGGAAAGAUGACUGUGGCGAUUGUCAAAGCACUCUACUAUCUGAAAGAGAAGCAUGGUGUCAUCCAUAGAGAUGUGAAGCCUUCAAAUAUCUUGUUGGAUGAGAGGGGGCAAAUCAAAUUGUGUGACUUCGGGAUCAGUGGGAGGCUGGUGGACUCGAAAGCCAAAACCCGGAGUGCUGGUUGCGCAGCAUAUAUGGCGCCUGAGAGAAUAGAUCCCCCUGAUCCCUCAAAACCAGAUUAUGAUAUCCGUGCAGAUGUUUGGAGCCUGGGCAUCUCUCUAGUUGAGCUGGCUACAGGUCAGUUCCCCUACAAGAACUGUAAAACAGAUUUUGAAGUCCUCACCAAGGUGUUGCAGGAAGAUCCUCCCCUUCUCCCAAACAACAUGGGAUUUUCUGUGGAUUUCCAGUCCUUUGUGAAAGACUGCCUUACUAAAGAUCACAGGAAGAGACCAAAGUACAACAAGCUACUUGAACAUAACUUCAUCAAGCGUUAUGAGACACUGGAAGUGGAUGUGGCAUCCUGGUUCAAAGAUGUCAUGGCUAAGACAGAGUCACCCCGCACGAGUAGCAUCCUUAGCCAGCACCACCUGCCAUUCUUCACCAGGUAGCCAUGUAGAGUGGCUAUUGUGCCAAGGAAGGACCCCUUGGCAGACAGAGCUUGCAAGGUGGGGCAAGAGAGAGCACCACAACAGACACCUGCCCUCACAACAGCAACUCUUCGGUGGCAUGAAUUGUUUGCUUCACCUGCUCAAAUCACCCUCGCCCAUGUUGUCUUUUCCUUCAGUAUUGCCAUGAAGAGAUGGGGUGGCUGUCUGGUCUUUCUGGAAUGUGGGUGUGUUCUAGAGCCUUUGGCAUUUCUGGCACCAGGCAGCCCAAGAAUACAAGGCCUUUUCCAGCCUGUGCUUGUUAUCCAUCAGGAGUUGCCAUGAAGUGACAGAUGCUCCCUGCUUGUCUCUCUCCACCUUGUCUGGAGGCUCAACAGUGACCCUUGCUCACGCACUGUGAACAGACACAAAACACAAAAGGAAAAAGAAGAUAUUUUUUUUACCACUUAUUUAUUAAGUUUGGACUUGUGGUGCUGCGGGCUGCCUGCUGCACCCGUUCACCCAUCCCUGCGUUAUUAAUGUCUGUUUUUGUUUUUUGUUUUUUCAUUUGUGUUUUUGGGAUUGUAUUUGCUGAGGGGGAAUGGGGCUGGACGUAGAUGGGUCGUCUGCUGCUUUAGAUUCUGAGCUUAGCUGUUGCUGUUGUCUUGGUUUCAUUUUUUCUUAGGGCUUCGGGAGACAGGAAAGUGUAGGUUUGAGAAUUAUUCUCAUCCAAGAGUAGCUCAGUUAAAGUGAUUUUUCCCUCUUCAAUUCUUUUUGAACUCAGGGGUUCCUAUCUUUUGUUUUGAGCGUGAACAAAGUUUUGUCAGUGGUGUUUUAUUUACCAAAGUGUGUGUUUGGUGCUAGGAUAAAUGCUUGUUCAUUUUCUUCCAGUAUUUAAGAAAAGGAAAAGCAGAACUUAAAAGAUAAUCCUGGCAUCAAGAAAGCCAUUUUU